UUGGGCGUUAUAAAUUGGGUGAGCACCGGGAACAGGGUCAGCCUACCAGCCCUGCAGAGACCAUCCACUCCAGGACUCAUCUUUCCACCUCCUCCUCCUCCUCCAGAGUCAGACGGCGCUCCGACAUGAACAGCCACUGCAACGCAAAGGUCAGCGACACCGUGGAGGAGUUCCAUUGCAACAACGGCUUCAGCGACCUCAUUAUAGACGCCAAGAAGUCCGCCGCGCGCCGCAAGCACGAGACGUCCCGCAAAGAGGCCGAGGACAAUUCCCGCUUACCCGUGCUCCAGGCUGCCUACACCAGCAUCCUCCGGGAGCUCGGGGAGGACACGGACCGGCAGGGGCUGUUGCGCACGCCGCUGCGCGCCGCCAAGGCCAUGCAGUUCCUCACCAAAGGCUACCAUGAGACCAUCGACGACAUCCUGAACGACGCCAUAUUUGAUGAAGACCACAGUGAGAUGGUGAUUGUGAAGAACAUAGACAUGUUUUCGCUGUGUGAACAUCACCUGGUGCCCUUUUUUGGCAAGGUUCACAUUGGGUAUAUUCCCAACAAAAAAGUGGUGGGACUGAGCAAGCUGGCAAGGAUUGUUGAGAUCUUCAGUCGGAGGCUUCAAGUUCAGGAGCGUCUGACCAAGCAGAUUGCCAUGGGAAUAUUAGAGGCUGUGCAGCCAAAAGGUGUAGCUGUGGUCAUUGAAGCAGCGCACAUGUGCAUGGUCAUGCGUGGCGUCCAGAAGAUUAACAGUCGCACGGUGACAAGCACCAUGUUGGGAGUUUACCUGGAGGACCCCAAAACCCGUGAGGAGUUCCUGGCUCUCUCACAGAGCGCCUAACACAUGUCAUUCACUCCAGGGCCUCUGAAUACGGUCGCACACAGAAAGCUCUAACAGUGGGUCCGCGGUCAAACCAACAGCAGGUGACACAAAUUUGCUGUUUGAUGCAGGAGCCGACUCUGGAGCUCACCUCAAUACACUGAAGCCUGACAGAUAUCAGUCCUGCUGCAGAAAUGCAUCACUGUGAACAUUAUAGGAAAAUGUAAGACUCACAUUCUUGGUGCCUUUGGUAGAUAUUUUACAGUCUUACAUGGCAAUAUUGUUGUUAUGAAGUAUGAAACCUGAUGUUGUGACAUGUCAGUACGUAAGAUUUUCACUUUUUUUGUUUGUUUGUAUGUUUGUUUUAUGGGAAUUUCAUGGGUACUUACUCCUUACAUACUACUUUAUUAUUUAGAAUCCACUGAUUUUAAUAAUCAAACCAACAGUGUCAUUUAUAGAUGCAUUUAUAAAGUCUUUGUAAUAUAUAUAUGUAUGAUAUUUCUAAGAUACAAAUUAUAUCUGUAGUCCUUGAGUAGAAUAAAUUAUGUGCACAGUAGAUUUUUGGUUUUACUAAUAACCACCGUAGCGCGUAUGUAAAGAUUCUUUGCUUAAAUAAAAUGGU